AUGUCGGAUAACCAGGAGACCACUAGGUUAUUACCAACAGAACAACAAGGAACACCAGGGACAUCUGUACAGAGGAAUACAGAAAGUAGGACUACAUUAGAAAGAGCUCCAUUACCAACAUCAACCCUUCAACAACAAAGAAGAUCCACUACAAGAUCAGUUUCAGAAAGAUUAGGACCACAAAGAUUAUCACGUACAACUCAAAAAUUAAAAUUAUUACCAGAUGAACCAAUCCCAGAGGAAGCUAACGAUGAAGGUUCAAAUUCAAGAGGUGAUGUUUAUUCUCAAGUUAAUAGAAUAAAAGAUACACCUGCUCGUAGAGAUGCUGAAAGAUUAGGUAAAAAUCAAAGAUCUUUAUUACCAAGAGUCACUGCUUAUUGUACUUCAAGUUCUUACAAGAUGAAGGAUUUAAUUAGAUGGUUGAAAGAUCAUAAACGUAGUCAUGAUUCUCAUCCAAAAUUAUUUGAUGAAUGUCUUUAUACACCAUUUGUUUAUAAAGAUUGGAGAGGUGACAAGAGAAUUGAUAAAAAUUUGAUAAGAUUAGAUGAUGAAGGUGGUGAAAUUACAAUUGAUGAUGUUCAUACUGAUGUAUUCAUAUUUGAAUAUGGUGUUGUUGUUCUAUGGGGGUUUACAUUGAGAGAAGAACAAGCUUUCUUGAAUGAUUUAGAAAAAUUUGAGAAUGAAAAAUUGGCACAUGAAGAUUUACAAAUUGAAGAAUUUAAUUAUUAUAUAACAAAGAGUUAUCAACCAAGAAUUUAUAAUGAUUUUAUUACUCUUAGGGAUGGUUCAAAUUAUAUGUUGAAACUUUCAAUCUCCCAUGCUAUUUCACAAUCUGUUAAAAUUUCAUUAUUUGAAGAAUUAGUGGAUAAUACUAUUGAAGAUACACAGGAUAUCCCACAACAAAUUGCCCAAGCUGGUAAAGUUGAAAUGAACAAGGAUGAAAUAAUGAAAAGUAUAGGAGAAUUAUUCAUCCUAAGGAUAAAUAUUAAUUUACAUGGUUCUGUCUUAGAUUCACCUGAAAUUAUGUGGUCAGAACCUCACCUCGAGCCAAUUUAUCAAGCAACAAGAGGUUAUUUAGAAAUUAAUCAAAGAGUUGCAUUAUUAAAUCAAAGAUUAGAAGUUAUUAGUGAUUUAUUACAAAUGUUGAAAGAACAAUUGGGUCAUUCUAAUGAAGAAUAUUUGGAAUUUAUUGUUAUUAUUCUUGUUGGUGUUGAAGUGUUGGUUAGUGUUAUAAAUAUUGUUGUUGAUAUUAUAGCGGAUUUGAAGUAA